AGCUACCGCCGUUCUUGCAGGAAGCCCGUACGAGAUGAUUCUUAGCGAGGAACGCUGACCCCGAGCUCCAGAGCCUGCUCUUCUUCCUGUCCAAGGAAUAUUACUUGCUGGCGUGCGGCAUUUUGCCACGAGUCCAUGUCGGCGGGUGUCCCUGUGGACUACGAUGUCUGGAAGGAUUGGAAUGAAUCAAACCAGAUCUUUUGGGCUAACGCGCUCGAUUGCUUCUCGCGGGCGUGGUCGAGGCUAACUAAGAGAGAGGGGGAUCAAGAGGAACAAGCAGCUGCAGCGACGAUGAUAGCAGGAAUUUCCACCGGCACUAUGCCUAGCACUCCGCUAGAAACGAACAAGGGGGGCGUGGAUGGAAGGACGGAAGGCGACGAGUGAUGUCUCGACGAGGAAGCCGCCCUACCCUCACUGCUAUUCUCGUUGUCUUCUUAUACCUCUUGUUCUUCUCUGUAGGGUUACCCAGCAUCGACUUAGACUAUAUGGUUUUGGUGUAGCCUUCGUGGGUCAUCACGCCCACCUUAUCCUUAGAUCAAGUCUGUCUUAUUUACUAUUUCUAGCAGCAAGGAUUGAUUCAUCGGUUUCGUAUUUAUGUGGUGGACAUAAACUCACAUUUUCAAUUGUGUUUUGGCGCCACCUGCACACGCGAAGAAAUGAAGCAGCGGAGAUUGAAGUGUUUCACAACGACACCGGACAAGAUUGCCGGUGACCAAGGGGCACCUCAGCGAUUACAAAGUUAUGUACGAACUGUACGCAUAGUGAAGAAAAUACGCAUAGAUAGUGGCAGUGAGUCACAGGAACGGUGAGUAGUAACCACCAGAAAAAAAGGGGUUGUGUUCUCCUUGCCUUUGCUUUGACACGUAGCACCCGAGCAUGACAGACAUGUCAUUGUAGGCAACGCUUGAGCCAAUGGCUAAAAUGUACUCUGUACAAAAUACGAAACGGGGGGGGUCAAGGGUUGGUUGGUGUAUGUGUAUGUACGUAUCUUCUUUUGCAAGAAUGAACGAGUGAGUUGAGGUGAAGGUUAUCCAAAAAUUGAAACAACCGUUUCUCAUGGCGCAGGGAGAAUACCGGCAUUAGUCUAGUUGUACCGGGCGACAUGCACACGAAAGUGGUGCUGUCUCACUCUUCGGUCCUCUGCUAGGAAGCGAUACGGUUUUGGGCCAUAGCCGAAACAACAAAUAAAGAUAGAUGGAUGUCGUGUUUCUCAGUAGGGACUGCGCCAUUCACUGCCGUACGUAUAUGAUGUGUUCGCGUGAAGGUCAGCCGGGGUCACAAAGCCGAGGAGGAGGCCACGAGGCCACACAAGAUUGGUUUUAUUGCUAUUUUUUUUCAAAGGCAGUGGGCUUUUUGGACAGAACUAUUGGUCGAAACGCUUGAGGAUCAGAGUGUUGAAUGCGAGGUUGGCAAUGUCGUGAUAAGACGUGAUUUCCAUUUGGGGUGCGGAACACACAGACAGACAGACAGGUAGUCUACCGCUUUCGUUUCGGUCUCUUGCUCUACGAAUACAGAAUAACCUGUAUGUAUGUAGACUAUGUGUGUCCUUGAGCUUUGGUUGAGGGGACGGUCGACAACUUCUACACAAAACAAGUG